AUGCAGAUCAUCAUCGUUGGCGGGGGGAUUAGUGGACUCCUUACCUACGUCGCCCUCCGGAACCACAUCGCCCACUCCGACUCAACCAUCUCCAUCAAGAUCGUAGACAACGCCAAAGGCCCUGACGAUUUCACAGACGGCUGCUCUAGCUUCGCUCCCAAUGCCGUUCGCGCUUUGUGCGCUGUCGCCCCGGAGGUGGUCCCGCUGCUUCGUCAGCGCGGGUACUCUGGUGGCACAAUCAGUGCCCAUAACUCUACUGGGAAAGUCUUGGGAGAGUUCAAAGCCGGCGCGAAGGAGAGAUAUGACGAGCUGCAGCAGCUCGUUGUCUCUCAUAAGGCGUUGCGCGAGGUUCUGAUGACGUUGAUCGACCCCGGGGAUAUCGCUUGGGGCAAGGUCGUAACCGGCCUGUUUGAACUCUCUAGUGGGGUGCAGGUCACGUAUACCGAUGGGACCACGGAGACUACAGACCUGGUAAUUGGUGCGGAUGGCGCCAGGAGCAUCGUCAAAGAUGCGAUCUUCAGAGGAGCCCAUCCGAAUGAGUUCAGAGGAACGGUGAACGUUGGUGCAAUCGUUCCAACUGUCGAGCUCCCGGUUCGGUUUCAGAAAGACCUUAUGACGACAGGUUCCGCAAUUACCUUUGGGAAACGAGGCUUCUUUGGAUACUCCCUCACCUCGACCUCACCCUCCAGGGAUCUGUUUUGGUGGUCCGUCUUCUUCCCUCCGACCUCUCACCCAGACCUCCCAACCACGGAAGAAGUGAAAAGCCAGCUAUUCCACUGCGUCGAAGGAUGGAAGGCGCCGUUCGACCAAGGUUCUGACGAGAACGCCUUCGAGUCUCUCCUCCUUCUCGCUUUCGGCAACUCUGACGAAGAGAAGCCGUCCAAGGACACCGCCUCUACUUUACUCGACACCAAACAACUCAUCAUCCAACCGCGCUACUCCUCUGCUCGCCUCCCCUACUUCACCAACCGCAACUCCUCAUUGGCCAAAGGACGUAUUAUCCUGGUCGGCGAAGCAGCCCAUGUCAUCCCCCCGGAGACGAUGCAGGGCGCUGCGUUCACCAUCGAGGACGUCGCUGUCUACACCCUCCUUUUGAAGCAUUACUCCGAGGCGCAGGGCCUCGUUUCGAAGUACCGUUUCUCUCCGUCUGUUUACGAGGCUGCGGCCAAGGGGUACGACGAUUUGAGGGUACCCCGUGCUUCUCAGUUAAUGAAGAGCGUCGGCAACGGGCUGGAUUGUGACGGUGGAGACGAGAUGGGGUGGUUUGGAGAGAAGCUUCGAGAUUGGGCUGCCUCCCUUUUCUGUCGAUUUUCGGAUUGUGUACAGGAGGAAAGCUUCAGCUAUGAUCCCAAGAAGGCCGUCGGCGAUUAUGUUGCUAAGCAUGAAGGGUGCCACGCUUGA